GUGCGGACCAACCGGAAAGUGGCUUCCAUGUUUAUGAAGUUUACGUAAAGGUCGUUUUCUGUUACUUAACAAGAAAAUGGCCAGCUUGAAGCGCAUAAGUCCAAGUUUCUUGGCAAACAUAGCUAAAUGUCAGAAGAAUGUUGCUCCACUGACAGUAGCAAUUAGAUCCAACACCACACAGGCGGCUGCUUCAAAAGAAAAAACCAAAUAUGGUCCAAUGAAUGAUGAAGAUAGAAUGUUUUUAAAUUUAUAUGGUCGCCAUGACUGGAAAUUGAAAGGAUCAAUGGCUUUGGGAAACUGGUAUAAAACUAAAGAGAUAUUAUUGAAAGGACCUGAAUGGAUUUUAAAAGAAAUAUCUACUUCAGGUUUAAGAGGUCGAGGUGGUGCUGGUUUUCCUACUGGCAUGAAAUGGGGAUUUAUGAACAAACCCUCUGAUGGAAGACCCAAGUAUUUAGUAGUAAAUGCUGAUGAAGGUGAACCUGGUACAUGUAAAGAUCGAGAGAUUAUGAGACAUGAUCCUCACAUGUUAGUUGAAGGUUGUCUAGUAGCUGGUAGAGCUAUGGGAGCUAGAGCUGCUUAUAUUUAUAUUCGAGGCGAGUUUUACAAUGAGGCCUCUAAUCUUCAGAUAGCAAUAAAUGAAGCAUAUAAAGCUGGUCUAAUUGGUAGUAAUGCAUGUGGAUCUGGUUUUGAUUUUGAUGUUUAUGUACAUCGUGGUGCUGGAGCUUAUAUAUGUGGAGAAGAAACAGCGUUGAUUGAAUCAUUAGAAGGUAAACAAGGUAAACCACGUCUCAAGCCUCCAUUCCCUGCUGAUGUUGGUGUAUUUGGUUGUCCUACUACAGUAGCUAAUGUAGAAACAGUUGCUGUAGCACCGGGUAUUUGUCGAAGAGGUGGAGAGUGGUUUGCAACUUUCGGACGAGAGAGAAAUCGAGGAAACAAGUUAUUUAAUAUUUCUGGUCAAGUAAACAACCCUACCACAGUAGAAGAAGAAAUGUCUAUACCAUUACGUGAACUAAUAGAACGACAUGCGGGAGGUGUUAUUGGUGGCUGGGAUAAUUUAUUGUGUGUUAUACCGGGUGGCUCUUCAACACCUAUCAUACCCAGAAGUGUUUGUGAUGAUGUUUUGAUGGAUUUUGAUGCGUUAAUACAAGCUCAGACUGGUUUAGGUACAGCUGCUAUUAUUGUAAUGAAUAAACAAUGUGAUGUUAUCAGAUGUAUAGCUAGACUUAUAGAUUUCUAUAAACAUGAAUCUUGUGGACAGUGUACUCCAUGUCGUGAAGGAACAGGAUGGAUGAAGAAAGUUAUGGAUAGAUUUGUAACCGGUAACGCUCAGCCAGAAGAAAUAGAUAUGUUAUAUGAACUAACUAAACAGAUAGAAGGUCAUACUAUAUGUGCUCUUGGUGAUGGAGCAGCUUGGCCAGUACAGGGACUCAUUCGACAUUUCCGGCCAGUCAUUGAAGAGAGGAUGCAGAAUUUCCAAGAACAGAAUCAGAAAACUGCUGGAAGAAACUAGACAAAACUAGAAAAUUUAACCAGUUGAUUCUAUGACUUAAGGAAUCUUUUUGAAUGUAGAUUUGAAAAUGACUGUAAAAAUGUUUCUUUGUGUUGCACAAAAGGGUUUUAAAAAAAAGUGACAUGACUUAAUUAUAUUAGUUAUUGGAUCAAAGUAUUACGAUGCAGAAUAAUUUAUUGUACAUAUGAAAGCAACAAAGUGCUGAAACAUUGAAACUCCUUCUUUGUAUAAUAUCUAAAGAGAAUCAGGCGCAUGUAUUUUGUUGAGGGGGGGGCUGGGGGAGUGGGGGGGGGCAUGGCAUCCUCUGAGAAUAUUUUGAAAAAUUGAGAUUCGUGUUGCAUAUAUCUGGUGGACCCAAACAUAACAAUCAGUUUUAACCCCUCAUCACCCCAAUCAAUAAAAAGCUUGCUGCUUAUUAUACGAACGCCACUACAGUGACAAAAGGUUUAUUAAGGGGUUUUUAUGUCUUAUUAUAUAAAGAGGGAGUAUUUGUAUAUAUCAACUACUGGUUGAAAUAUUUCACUUUGUGUUACUUAUAAUAAUAGUGUAUAUGUUUCUUACUAAUGUAGAUGACAAAAACAUCAGAGAUAUUAAAACAAUUUAAAGUUAA